AUGGAAGAUACCGCAGUGACGAAGUUUCGUGAGUAUUUGCGAGUGAAUACGGAACAACCAAAUCCGGAUUAUGGUAAGCCAAAAGUUUUUAGACUAAUUAUGGAAGAUAUCGCAGUGACGAAGUUUCGUGAAUAUUUGCGAGUGAAUACGGAACAACCAAAUCCGGAUUAUGGUAAGGCAAAAGAUCAAUGGAAAUACGAUCCUUACGCCGCUCAUAAGGAUGAAAAUGGAGAUAUCUAUGCAAGAGGUGCGCAAGACAUGAAAUGUGUUGGAUCACAGUAUUUCGAGGCUAUCCGAAGACAUUUCAUGCGUGGGAAAAAACGAUGGCUUAGAACUAUCCAUAUCGUCUGGGGUCCAGAUGAGGAGAUUGGUGCUGCUGAGGGAAUGGCAGUAUUUUGCAAAAUGGACGAGUUUCGUGAUUUGAAUAUUGGAUUCGUGCUAGAUGAAGGUCUCGCUAGUGAAACUAGCGAGUACAAGGUCUAUUUCGCUGAACGAUGUCCAUGGUGGCUCAAAGUUACUUGUACUGGAUCCCCAGGACAUGGUUCGAAAUUUAUUUCAAACACUGCUGGUGAAAAAUUGCAAAAACUUAUCAAUCAAACAUUGGAAUUUCGCGAAAAACAACGCAAAAUCUUGGAAGCAGAUCCGAGUAAAACACUUGGCGACGUUACUACUCUGAAUUUGACAAUCAUUGAAGGCGGAGUUCAAGUGAAUGUAUUGCCGGAGAAGUUUAUAGCCUAUUUUGACAUUCGAGUCCCACCUACGGUAUGUUUUGAUGAGUUUACAGAAGAAAUCGCCAAUUGGUGUCGAAAUGCGGGAGAAGGUGUAGAGUACGAAUUUCUCCAGGUGAUCUAUCAUAUAUCAAAAUGUAUGAAUAAGGAAAAAUCCAAAAAAAUGGCGGAGACCAGUUCUCGUUAUUAUCUGCUCCUGAACUUAUAUUUGCAGCUUGGCUAUCGAUCAAUUGGAUUUUCACCAAUGAAUAAUACGCCCUCACUUCUACAUGACCAUAAUGAAUAUCUGAACGAAAAAGUCUACCUCAGAGGCGUCGAAAUUUAUGAGACACUAAUCGAUAACUUGGCCAGUUUGAAACAACAAGGUUUUGAGGGAUAG